AUGACGCUGACGAUAAAGCUCCAGGGAAAGAAGAGGGCUCUGAAGGAAUCCGGAUCUAACGCGGCUCUAUCAACACCCCUAGACAAUGAACCUCCUCAUCCAACAAAACGACCCAAACGCGCCGAAACGAGGCAAUGUCCCGUAUGUGACGAGCAUAUUCCUUUGCGGCUACUCGCAAAGCACGCAGAAUUAGAGUUUGAACGCGUCGAAGAAGUUAUAAGAAAUGUUGGAUCCUCUGAAUUCGCGUAUGAUGAGAUAGAUAACGAACCAGGACCAAGCUCAAGAGCUCGUCGCUCUGCUAUCAAAGCCCGCAAGUCAAUGACCACUCGCCCCGCGAACGACUCUCUUGAUCAAUCUACCAAAACAAUCCAAGCCAUUAAACGACACAGGAAGCAACGGAACAACAAAUUGAAGGAGAUGGCCCGGGAAGAUGAAGAAGGAAACAGCCGGGAUUCGUGGUCGAGAAAGUUCACCGGGGAAGAAAUAGUCUGCCCUGUGUGUUCGACAACUGUUAGAGGCGACCAAGAUAUCUUAGAUGCACACGUCGACGCCUGUCUUGCCCACGAGGCACAGAGACAAGAAGCACAUCAACGCGACCUGCAACAUAGACGCGUCUUACAAGAAGCUAAUUGGGACGAUGAGGAUGAGAGUACUUACAUUGGGAACAUCAGAGGUGCUGGAUUUCACACCCGAACCCACGAUGAAAACAUCGAUGAUGAAAUCGACAUAGACGGAGACGACCAAGCCAUGUACGGCGGAGUGCAAUUCACAGAGGAUGACGUUGUUCCUGUGAAUGUCCACAGACCUACCAUCGACGAAGAUGUCGAGAUUGAAGCUGAUGAGGAUGACGAGGCGCAGGAAGAGCAAAAGACCUUGCGUGACCUGGUAGCGGCUGCAACACAGACAUUGAAACUACCAAAUAGCGGGCAAACUCGUGUUGAGAAGGCGAUGGAAGGGACAGACAUGGAUAAAAGAGACUUAGCCAUAUUGGCGGCGCGUCGGCGUGGAGAUAAAUCGGCGCUCAUUGCUGCUCUUGAGGAGAAACUCAAACACUUGGUGGGUGCUCCUCACAGCUCUAACACUGAUGCUGACAAGGAAACAGGAGUCGACGGAUACAUUUUCCUCGACUUCACUUAUCUGCAGAAUAUGUCUUGA